AUGAAUAAAAGCAAACUUUUAGUAAUCCCCAAAGGACCAAAAGUGAAAUUAUCCCAGCAAUUACCUUAUAUAGACUCUGACACAGUUCCCUUUUUGCAAAAAUACUUAGUCCUGAUCAUUACUUUGCCACCGCCAUGUCCAUGGGGUCGAUGCAUGGGAGACGAAUGUGGUCCAGGAGGGAUUCAGACCAGGGCUGUGUGGUGCGCCCAUGUGGAAGGAUGGACGACAUUGCACACCAACUGUAAGCAGGUAGAGAGACCAAAUAACCAGCAACAUUGCUUCCGAAUUUGUGACUGGCACAAAGAGUUGUACGACUGGAGGCUGGGCCCCUGGAACCAAUGUCAACCUGUGAUUUCAAAAACCCUGGAGAAACCCAUGGAAUGUGUGAAGGGGGAAGAAGGCGUUCAAGUGAGAGAGAUAACAUGCAUUGAGAAAGACAGAAACAUUCCCACCGAGGAUAUCAUUUGUGAGUACUUUGAGCCCAAGCCUCUUCUGGAACAGGCUUGCCUUAUCCCGUGCCAGCAAGAUUGCAUCGUGUCUGAGUUUUCUGCCUGGUCGGAGUGCUCCAAGACUUGUGGCAGUGGGCUCCAGCACAGGACACGUCAUGUGGUGGCACCUCCUCAGUUUGGAGGCUCCGGUUGUCCAAACCUGACGGAGUUUCAGCUGUGUCAGACUGGUCCGUGUGAAGAGGAAGAGAGCAUGUACAGCCUGCAUGUUGGUCCUUGGAGCACGUGCUCAAUGGCCCACUCGAGACAAGUCAGACAAGCCAGGAGACGUGGGAAAAAUAAAGAACGGGACAGGGACCGAGGAAAAGGGGUAAAGGACCCAGAGGCCCGCGAACUUAUUAAGAAGAAGAGAAAUAGGAACCGACAGAACAGACAAGAGAACAAAUAUUGGGACAUCCAGAUUGGAUAUCAGACCAGGGAGGUUGUGUGUACUAACAAGACGGGGAAAGCUGCUGAUUUGAGCUUUUGCCAGCAAGAGAAGCUGCCAUUGACUUUCCAGUCCUGUGUGGUCCCCAAAGAGUGCCAGGUGUCCGAGUGGUCAGAGUGGAGCCCAUGCUCAAAAACAUGCUAUGAUAUGACCUCACCAAAAGGCACACGUGGAAGGACACGAAGCAUCAGGCAGUUUCCUAUUGGCAGCGAAAAGGAGUGUCCAGAGCUUGAAGAAACAGAACCCUGUGUUUCCCAGGGCGAUGGCGUUGAACCCUGUGCCAUCUAUGGCUGGAGAACUGCCGAGUGGACCGAGUGUCGGGUGGACCCUUUGCUGAGCCAGCAGGAUAAGAGGCGCGGAAACCACACUGCGCUGUGCGGUGGGGGCGUGCAGACCCGCGAAGUGUACUGUGUGCAGGCCAAUGAAAACCUCCCCGCGCCUUUACACACUCGCAAGGACAAAGAAGCUUCAAAACCAGUAGACUUGAAAUUAUGCACUGGCCCAGUCCCCAAUACUACACAGCUGUGCCACAUUCCAUGUCCAAUUGAAUGUGAGGUUUCGCCCUGGUCAGCUUGGGGCCCUUGUACUUAUGAAAACUGUAAUGACCAACAAGGCAAAAAAGGUUUCAAAUUGAGAAAGCGGCACAUCACCAAUGAGCCUCGCGGCGGCACUGGGAGCCCUGAAAACUGCCCUCACUUGCUGGAAGCCAUUCCCUGCGAGGAGCCAUCCUGCUAUGAGUGGAAAGCAGUGAGGCUCGGAGACUGUGAACCGGAUAAUGGAAAGGAGUGUGGGCCAGGCACUCAAGUUCAAGAGGUCGUGUGCAUCAAUAGUGAUGGAGAAGGAGUUGACAGACAGCUGUGCAGAGAUGCCAUCUUCCCCAUCCCCGUUGCCUGUGAUGCCCCAUGCCCAAAGAACUGUGUGCUCAGCAUGUGGUCUGCUUGGUCCUCCUGCUCACACACCUGCUCAGGGAAAACCACAGAAGGGAAACAGAUACGUGCACGGUCCAUUCUGGCCUAUGCAAGUGAUGAAGGCAGAGUUCACUGUCCAAAUAGCAGUGCUUUACAAGAGGUUCGCAACUGUAAUGAGCAUCCUUGUACUGUGUACCACUGGCAAACUGGUCCCUGGGGUCAGUGCAUCGAGGACACUUCAGUUUCGUCCUUCAACACCACUGCAACUUGGAAUGGGGAAGCUUCUUGCGCAGUCGGCAUGCAGACAAGAAAAGUCAUAUGUGUACGAGUCAAUGUGGGCCAAGUGGGACCCAAAAAGUGUCCUGAAAGCCUUAGGCCUGAAACCGUGAAGCCUUGCCUGCUCCCUUGUAGGAAGGACUGCAUCGUGACCCCCUAUAGUGACUGGACAGCAUGCCCCUCCUCGUGUAAAGAAGGAAGCUCUGCAGUCAGGAAGCAGUCUCGACACCGGGUGAUCAUUCAGCUGCCAACCAACGGGGGCCGGGACUGUGCAGAUCCCCUCUACGAAGAGAAGGCCUGUGAAGCCCCGCAGGAAUGUCAGAGCUACAGGUGGAAGACUCACAAAUGGCGCAGGUGCCAGUCGGUCCCCUGGAGUGUGCAACAGGGAAGCCCGGGGGUCCAGGAAGGCUGUGGUCCUGGUCGACAGGCCAGAGCUAUCAGUUGUCGAAAACAAGAUGGCGGGCAGGCUGGUAUUCCUGAAUGCCUCCGACAUGCGGGCCCAGUGCCAGCCCUAACCCAGGCCUGUCAGAUCCCCUGCCAAGAUGACUGUCAGUUUACCAGCUGGUCCAAGUUUUCUCCAUGCAAUGGAGACUGCGGUGCCGUUCGGACCAGAAAACGCACUGUUGUUGGAAAAAGUAAAAAGAAAGAAAAAUGUAAAAACUCUCACCUGUACCCCCUGAUUGAGACUCAGUAUUGUCCUUGUGACAAAUAUAAUGCGCAGCCUGUGGGGAACUGGUCCGACUGCAUUUUGCCCGAAGGUAAAGCGGAAGUGCCCCUGGGAAUGAGGGUUCAAGGAGACGUCAAGGAAUGUGGACAAGGAUACCGUUACCAAGCAAUGGCAUGUUAUGAUCAGAAUGGCAGGCUCGUGGAAACGUCCAGAUGUAACAGCCAUGGUUACAUUGAAGAGGCCUGCAUCAUCCCGUGCCCCUCCGACUGCAAACUCAGUGAGUGGUCCAACUGGUCCCGGUGCAGCAAGUCCUGUGGAAGUGGUGUGAAGGUGCGGUCUAAAUGGCUCCGUGAGAAACCAUAUAACGGUGGAAGGCCCUGUCCCAAACUCGACCAUGUCAACCAGGCUCAGGUGUAUGAGGUCGUCCCGUGCCACAGCGACUGCAACCAGUACAUAUGGGUCACAGAGCCCUGGAGCAUCUGCAAGGUGACCUUCGUGAACACGAGGGAGAACUGCGGAGAAGGCGUGCAAACCCGGAAAGUGAGGUGCAUGCAGAACACAGCGGAUGGCCCUUCUGACCAUGUCGAGGAUUACCUCUGUGACCCAGAAGAGAUGCCUCUGGGCUCCAGAGAAUGCAAACUGCCAUGCCCCGAGGACUGCGUGAUCUCAGAAUGGGGUCCAUGGACCAGAUGUGCUUUGCCUUGCAAUCAAAGCAGUUUCCGGCAGAGGUCAGCUGAUCCCAUCAGACAGCCUGCUGAGGAAGGAAAACCCUGCCCUGAUGCUGUUGAUAAGGAGCCCUGUAACCUGAACAAAAACUGCUACCACUACGACUACAAUGUAACAGACUGGAGUACGUGUCAGCUGAGUGAGAAGGCAGUUUGUGGGAACGGCAUCAAGACCAGGAUGUUAGAUUGCGUUCGGAGUGACGGCAAGUCAGUUGACCUGAAAUAUUGUGAAGAGCUUGGCCUGGAGAAUACCUGGCCGAUGAACACAUCCUGCAUGGUCGAAUGCCCAGUGAACUGUCAACUUUCCGACUGGUCUCCUUGGUCAGAAUGUUCUCAAACGUGUGGCCUCACAGGAAAAAUGAUCCGAAGACGAACAGUGACUCAACCCUUUCAGGGGGAUGGAAGACCUUGCCCCACUCUGAUGGAACAAUCCAAACCUUGCCUUGUGAAGCCCUGUUAUCGGUGGCAGUAUGGCCAGUGGUCUCCAUGCCAAGUCCAGGAUGCCCAGUGUGGAGAAGGCACCAGAGCGAGGAAUAUUUCUUGUGUCGUGAGUGAUGGAUCUGUGGACGAUGUCAGCAAAGUAGUGGAUGAGGAAUUCUGUAGUGACAUUGAACCCAUUCUGGAUGGUAAUAGAAAGAUGGUUCUUGAGGAGACCUGCACGCAGCCUUGCCCAGGUGACUGCUACUUGCAGGACUGGUCCUCGUGGAGCCCGUGUCAGCUGACCUGUGUGAGUGGUGAGGACCUCGGCUUCAGUGGAGUACAGGCCCGAUCAAGAGCAGUGAUUAUACAGGAACUGGAAAACCAACAUUUAUGUCCCGAGCAGAUGUUAGAAACAAAGCCAUGUGAUGAUGGCCAAUGUUACGAGUAUAAAUGGAUAGCCAGUAAUUGGAAGGGCUCUUCUAGAACAGUCUGGUGUCAAAGGUCAGAUGGUAUAAAUGUCACAGGGGGCUGCUCGGUGCUGCACCAGCCUGAUGUGGACAGGUCAUGUCAUCCCCCGUGUAGUGAACCCCACUCAUACUGCAGUGAGACAAGAUCAUGCAGCUGUGAAGAAGGGUACACGGAAGUCAUGUCUUCUUAUGGGACCCUGGAGCAGUGCACACUCAUCCCCGUGGUGGCGAUCCCCACCGUGGGGGACAACAAGGGAGAUGUGAAAACCAGUCGGGCAGUGCAUCCAACCCAGCCGGCCACGAGCCCAGCAGGCUGGGGACGGACUUGGAGUCUACAGCCAUUUGGGCCAGAUGGGAGACUGAAGACCUGGGUGUACGGGGUGGCAGCUGGGGCGUGUGUGCUGCUCAUCUUUAUUGUCUCCAUGAUUUAUCUAGCGUGCAAAAGGCCAAAGAAACCCCAAAGAAGACAGAACAACCGACUGAAACCUUUAACCUUGGCCUAUGAUGGCGAUGCAGACAUGUGAACUCCUUUUCUCGGCAACAACCAGUGGCCCCUUUCUGACUUUGUAGUAGGCAUCCAGAGGCCAUGAAGACAUUCAGACUGUGGAUUCAAAUGUGCUUUGAAUUCAUAGAAGACACAACAUAGAGAGGAGUGAACCCUGUAUUCUCCUGGGAAUAUCCAAGACAGGACCACUUGCAUAUAGACCACGAGAGCUGAGAAGGCUAGAGUUAGCUGAAUACAUGCUGCAUUCUGAGAGUUUGAUGAUCUCUGAAAUCUACCAACUGAAAAAUCACCAGUAUCUGAAAUCUGACAGCGGAAUCGGCCAUUAGGAGGCUUGAUGGGAAGACGCUGUUUGCAGUGUUAACGUCUAGUAACUUUUUAGCAUGAAGAGUUUUAUACCAAAAUCUCCACAAUACUAUAGUCAAAAAUAACAACACGUUUACCCAAAUGACUGAAACCUAUUAUCCUGUCAAAGUAUGUACUUGUUAAUAAGCAAUGCUAAUGCGGAAUAAGAGAUCGAUUAGACUGAGCAGAAAAUCCACGGAAUGAAUUCAACAUCUUGAAGGUUGAUGGUAACUAUAUUGACCUGCAUUUCAGAGGCAAAAACAUUUCUAAGACUUUAUUGUUGUCUCUCUCCAAAGUAUGAGUGCUGGACAUGUACUAGUACCUUAGAAGAAGAGUCCUGGAGUUCAGUAUUUUCUAGUGGUUAUUGAUUGUCUGGAAAACUAAUUUGAUUGUGUUAAUAGAUUUCUACUUUCCCUGUUUUCAAACUGGUUGCCUGUAUCUUUUUUGCUGUGUGGAAGGCACAAUUUUGCACUAUAUUAGUGCAGCAUGGUAUUGCCAGAGAGACCGCCCCUUCGUGUUGUGGACACAUUUGCAAGUUCUUAUGUGCAGGGAGUACAGUUCCGCUGUGGUGACAGGAUGGGAUCGGCCAUGACGUCUGCUGCACAGAGCAGACCCCCUCAUCAGCACCGCUGAGGUGAAAUCAACGGCAGGGGGACAGUGCGCUCUUGAAGCCCCUAACCCAUAAACCCAGCAAAAGGUGGAUCCCCAGUCGGUUUUUAAUUGGACUUUGAAGGCCGUUUAUGACUAGAUUUUUAUAUUUAUCUUUGUUAAAAAAAAGAGAGAGAAGAGAAGAGAAGAAAAGAAAAA